GUUUCUUUACAGAGCCCAAUCACGUCAAUCUCUACUCUCACAUCUUAGAGAGAGAGAGAGACUCAAUUUGUGCUCUUACAUCUUAGAGAGAGAGUGUUCCGUCCACUCACAUCUUAGAGAGACAGAGAACGAUACGAGAGAGCAUCUCCCUCUGUGUCUUGACUGGUGACUACAUGUGACGGUGCAUUCCAGAUCAAAGUUUCCUUGAAACUUUCGUGGCCACAUCUCUCGUCGGGCUUUGCCAUUUCUGGGUCAUUUUUUCUCAAAAUUGUGCAAAACCAGACCACCCAACCUCAUAAUCUUUCGAUCCAACUCGUGAAUUUGUGAUAGAAAGACUCCCCAUUUCAGGAAAAACAUGGUCGACAAUCAUGGCCAUGGUGCGCUGCAUGCUCUCACUGGUUCAUCUUCGUGGAGGUCAAGGCUUUCUUAUCGGAACGCUACGGUCCUUCUUUGCUUUUUCAACGUUGUCACCAUUAUUCUCCUGCUUCAAUGCAUGUUUGCCCCUUCAAACAAGAAAUUCACUAAAAACCGGUAUGAAUCUGUUCAGUUGAGAUAUAUCAGAGAGUCUGAAGCUAUACGUCGUGCCAUGGUGCCUUUGGAAUUGAUUAAGAGAGUGAAGGAAAUCCAACAAGAACCAUACAUCCAACCAGAAACAGUGGUGCAGAGGAAAGCACCCAAACAGAACAGUGCUAGUGAUCUCUCUAAGAGGUUGAAGGAUUUGCAGGCGUUGAAUGAUGCAAAUAGUAAGAAAGCUCUCGACGAAUGGCGUAAGAGGAAGAUGGGCAGGGCAAAACAAAGAGAGAUGGAAAAGAACAUGACAGCGGCUACAUAGCGGUUGCAUUUAUUGGGAGUGGGAGAUUCCUUCACCAUGUUGUUUGUUAAAUGCUUGCUUGUAUUCGAAAAAUGUGUAAUAUGGAUUCUGAAAACUGAAGACUGUGAUAUCAUACUUAAUGCAAAAUAAUGGCGUGUCUCAUCCAUUAAUGAUGGAUCCCCAUUCAUGAAA